AACACCGUGCUAUUUAUAACAAAUCAUAGGGCCUGUGCUGUACCUCUUUUACUCGGAAGGACACAGUUCAAAGGACAUUUACUAUACCCCAGGCUACUGAAGUGGUGUGACAGGCUGACUGCUCUGGGACUUUUGCACUUUCACGCCAUUGAACAGAAGCACCUGUGUAUCAUCCAUCACAAUGGACGACUUUGAAUACAGUGUGCACAUCUCCGACCAAGAUUGGGACUGUUUUUUUCAGGAGUGUGAGGACUGUGACCUGCUCUCUCCAGUGCUCGCCAGCCGAGAGGACUCAGGUAUGAGUGACAUUGAUGAGAUAGGCUGCCUUUUUCGAAGCAGGACCCCUGCCGUUGGCACAGCACCCACAGACCCGGAUCCAGACCUUCAGAUUGAUGGUCCGCCAGACUGUGAGGGUUCACCUGUCUGUAAUUACCUCAGCAAGUACGGAAUACGUAGUCCAGAGCAGGUUCUCUCUGGCAGUGAGGAGGACCUGCACCUUCAGACUGUCAAUCUAUUCUUUGAGCAGUUAAAAAUUGUCACUGAAAAUCAGCAGCCCUUGGAACAAAGCCAUGUUAUCAUCCAUGCAAGUGAGAAGACAGGUCAUCCGGAGGGUAACCAGGAUAUUCCAUCUGGCCGAAAUAAGUCCAAUCUUAGGGGAGAAAUCACUAAACAGGGUGCAGCUCAUACCUGGGGUGAUAUAGUCUCAGAAAAAUCAUCUGUUUAUGCACAAGAAAAUGCAUCAAUGUCUGACACAGAACUAGUCAUUGGAAAGAAGUUAUUCACCACACCCCUAAUUACAGUAAGAACGAAGCAAGAGAAACAGGGAAGAUGUCUCAGCAAAGAUCUACAGCUCAUACCUGAAACAAAGCCACCUGAAAAAGAGAAGAUGGUAAUGGUUAAUAGGAAAGAGGUGAUUGACCCAUAUCCAGCAAGACAAAUCAUUGCUCAACUGGAUGCUAUAAGUAGUUCUGACUCAAAAGAUUCACCAAUCGGUCAGUUCCCAGUGUCACCUUCCAGAAGAAAGAGGAGGAAGAAAAAGAGAAUGAAUGUUGAACCACUAGAGCAAGGGCAUGAGGACAAGAACUACCAGAAAAGUGAAUCAGAGGAAGAGAGAUUUAUUCAGUGGGAAGAAAUCAGCAACCUUCCUGCAAAUGUCUGGAAGACAGAGCAACUAUCACUUCAAAGAAUUAAAACACCUUUGAUUGCACACAAUACUGAUUAUUUACAGCUAAGGAACACAUUUGACUUGGAGGCCUCCGCUGAUUGUAAGUUUUCAAAAAGCUUGCCAGUAUCUUUUACCAGUAAUUUAGGCACCACACUUCCAAAGCCGGAGGUUGGACACAUAAGCUUUAAUACUCUUUCCAAAGGCAUGCAUGAUACAUCCCUUGUAAACAAUGGACAAUUGAAAGCAAAGAUUUGUGAGCUGUCAUUAUUACCCCAGAUAGAUGAAGUUCUGAAUGUAAAAGAAAGUGGAUUAAAUUUAACUGAAUCCCUUCAAUUUGAUCCUGCUGUGCACUUAAGAGAGAGCCGAAACAGUAUUACAGAGACCUUAUCAGCACCUCUAAGUGAUAAUUCUGAUCCAGGAUGUCAGAGGAAAUCCUUAUUAUCGCCUAGUGUUUCCAUUGAUGUUGAUUUGACAGAGCCUCCUUCCUCUACAUCAUUUAAAUUGUCUGAGGACAAAGAUUUGUCUUGUUUAGGAAAGGAGACAGACUGCUCUCCAUUAAAAAAUUACGAACAAACAAUUCCAAGCAAUAGUAAUAUAGCAGAGAUUCAAGCUACUGAGGAAAGAAGUUUGUCUUUAACUGAAAGCAUUGAUAGAGCAGAAUCUUCUUCAGAUAGAAACAGUCCAGAAACCUUUGCUUGUUCACAGGAGGCUUCUCAAAAAUGUAAAGUAUGUAUUCAUAACAACAUUUCAGAACAUCAAAGCCAUUUGGUUUCUGAAACCAUUGAAAUAAACACAAAUAUACCUUUAAGUGAGACAAGUGCAAAGACAGAGAGUCAUUUGUCUGAUAAUAUUAAUGAUGGAGCCGAUGAAAGUAUCACCGAAAGCAGAAAUAAAACUAGUGAGGUAUUAAUUGUGAAUGCCUCAUCCAUAAAGCCAUGGAAUUCAGAUGAAUCAGAAGAUAAGAGAGACAUUAGUGAUAAUGAAGUUGCUGUUUCAGCCAGGAAUAAUAGUGAACAGCUAUUUUGUGGAAAGUCCAUCAUAUCUAGUGGUUCUACAGAAGGAAUGCUCACUGAAAAACCUACUCAAGAUGUUUCAGAGUUGCCUCAAAAUACAGUUACUGAAGACACUUCCUCCAUUGAAUUGAAAAGUGAAACCAAAAAUCUAAAGCGUGUUUCUCCUGAAGCUUCAAAUCAACUUCAAUGUCCUGUGUUUGCUAUCUCCUCCUUUUGGAAUGAAAUGGAGAAGCUAACCAUCAAUGACAUAUUGCGUCUGCGGUUGAUCAGUAAUGCCCAACACCCAAGUAUUCUGACCCAGCCAGAGGAUGGUAGCAUAGCAGACACUACAGAUGCUGCAGACUCGGGCUACUUUACACAACCUGACGACUCUAAACCAGACCGCUCAAGUGGAGACAUGUCUUACAUAUCUGAUCUGGAUGAAGACCUUGUACAGCUUCAAACCCCAUCUCCUUCUAAGCAAGAGGAUGAGUCGAGUGAGUUUCCCAGCUCUUGUGGUGUUAUGUGGGAGAACGAUCUAGAUCCAGUGUUUGUGAGUGAUGAAAUGGUGCACACAAGUUCUGAAACUGCUCUUUCUGAACAUCUCUACACAACAAAUGCUCAGCAGUGCUUCAGAAGAAUGUGUAAGAACAUGUCUGUGCAGAAUCUGCAAGAUCUAGAUACUCAACCAAUCAGAAAAAUCCUAAGAAAUGCCUCAAUGCACUCAAUCCAUUCAGAGGUUGAAGAUGAUUUUAUGGAUCCUUUUUACCAUGUGAACACAUCCGGCUCAAAGAUCUUUUCUGACGAUGAAGAAGAAAUAGAAAGCAGUGGUAUAACGUUUUCUGAAGUAGUCCACUAUUUCUUUGGUGAGGAUGAACCUGAACGUUGUACGUCUCGUGCAGAUAACAUAGCUGCCUCGUACCUUGAUGGUCCUGGCACCUCAUUGCCUGAGACAUACGACCAUUUUUUUUCAGAGUUUGAUUCUGGAAGUUUUGUUUUUCCAAUUGUAGAAGAGUCAGGGGGUGAUAAAAUGGUUCCCAUAUUUUCCUGCUCGCGCUCAGCUAACAGGAACCUUCAGUUCCCAGAGGCUUACGACUAUUUCUUCCCUGAUUCCCCUGGAAGUUCAGAUGAAGAUGAUGAGAAUGACAAUGCGGCAAUCAAGGUGGUGACACGGUUUGACUAUAAGUCUCCCAACCACGAUCCUGUUGACAUGUACGAGCACUUCUUGUCUGAAGAUGAGAGCGACUUCCUCUGGACGAACCCUCUUUCACUUAGAAAAGUUAGACGCACAGGUUUUACUGUCCCUAAAGGGAACACAUGUUCUGGGGAACUUGUCCCUGUGAAAACAUUUCCCAAAGGAAUCGUUCAACCUAUUAACGCCUUGAGCCCUGAUGGGAGCCCUUUUCCAGACUCCUUGCUCUUCAACCUGGAGAACCGGAUCUUCCAGCAGCUGGCUGAACAACAGAAGAAGUGUAUGGAGAUUCAGACAGUUGUUGCUGAUCCUAGGUUGGAUGCUCCAUUUUUGCCUCUUAGACAGGCAGACAUGUGCUUGGUUUGUAUUGCUUUUGCCUCAUGGGUGCUAAAAUCAACUGGUUCAGGAGCAGACACGUGGAAAGCCGCUCUACUUGCGAACGUCAGUGCGCUCUCUGCCAUACGAUAUCUGCGCAGACACAAGAGGGAGGAGGUCUCUGGAAAAACUCCUUUGCGUCAGAUAGAGCCAGCAUAACUGAAUAGCACAGCACAGUCCUCAGAUCUGAUUUCAGUCACAUCUACCUUUUUCCAUGUAAUCCAAAAAGGUCAUUGCGAAGAUCAGACAUGUGCAUGCGUGAGUUUUUCCAUCAUUCUCAGUACGUAUUAUUAUGAUUAACUCUCUGAUGUGUGCAUUUCUGAUGAACUCAGUUGAUAUACAAUAGAUGAAUAUAAGAAAAUGUGAGAAAUAAACUGUGACUUCAGGCCAGUGGCAUUUUAAUAAUCUGCAUAUCCAGAUUGUAGUUGCAAAUGACCAAAGAUCUUUUCCUGAUUCUGAGGUAUAGUGGAUUCGCUGCUUGCAGUGAAUGCUGUUGUGUGUUGUGAGGAAAGCAGCAGUAUGUUGAUUAAUAUUUGAUAAUGAGAUGCUUAUGAAGGUGUUAUGAUGGAAGAUGGACACGUGUGUCUAAAUAAGUGUACUUUUGGAGAGAUUUCAAUGGAAGAGCUAAUGUCUAUGCACAAAUAGACAGUGUUGUGAGACUGUUGGGAUGCUGGAAUUUUUGCUGGGCCAAAUUAUUUUGGUGUAUUUAUAGACCAUCUAAAUAUCAAAUCAUAAACUCGUAUGAUUGUGGUGGUUGAGGAGAGAUCCCCUCACAUGAUUGUAAAGUGCUUUGCUUUGAGUGUAUAGCAAUACACAAUAGCGCUAGGCCUAUAAAAAUGCCUCACUCAUUCAUUCAUGGUGUUCCUUUAAAAAUCAUGUAGGAUAAAUAAAUCUUAUGUUUAUUUGGAAGAAUUUAAA